AUGGGAUAUAAAAUACUUGUAACAGGCACACCGGGUGUGGGGAAGACCACUCUCACACAGUACAUGAAAACCCGUCUAAAUUACAAAUUAAUCGAGCUAAGUGAUGUAAUUGAGAAGAAAAAACUAUUUACAAAUAAGUGUAAAAUAUACGAUACACUGGAGUACGACAUAGAGGAUGUAGAGAAGUAUCUGGAGAAAAAGAUAAAGGACAGAAACAAUUAUAUCAUAGACACACAUGACCCAGAGGCAGUCUCCUUCAUUAAGUUUGACAUCAUAGUUGUUUUGUCUGCUGAUCUCAGCGUACUCUAUGAUAGAUACGAAAAAAGAGGCUACAACAAAGUGAAAACAGAAGAGAAUCUGCAGGUAGAAAUCAUGGAGGUCAUCUAUAAUGAGGUGAUUGAGAUGCUUUGUGAAAAUGAAGAAGAAGUUGAGCAGAUAAUAAGAAUAGAAACAGUCCAGAACAAAGAGCCCAAAAAGAUUGAGGACAUAUACAAGGAGAUCACUCAGACCAAGCAGUGGAAAAGCACAAUAAACAAGAGCCUAUGCAAACUCGAGACAAAGCAAUAG